ACGACGAUUCCCUCAUCGUGUACUUCUACGGCCCCACGUCCGUCGUUCUGGGCAUCAACGUCAUCCUCUUCUGCAUGUCGGCCUAUAAGCUGUGCACACUCAACAAGAACUCAGAGGCUCGGCUCUUCCAGUUCACCCUCUACCUGAAGCUGUUCGUGCUGAUGGGAGUCAUGUGGGUGUUCGAGGGCAUCUCCUUCUUCGUGCAGCGCCACAACGAGGCUUCCAACACCAAGUACAUCUGGCUGGUGUUCGACCUGAUCAACAUCAUGCAGGGCGUCAUCAUCUUCAUCGUGUUCGUGUGCCGCCGCGCCGUGUUAAUGCGCGUGUGCGAGGUGGUGUGCGGGAAGACCUUCGCCAUGAAGAGGUUCCCGGCCUACUACGAGAACGCCGAGGAGGACCCUGGCAACCACGAGAUGAAACACACCGUCAUCUGAGGGGACCCGGCGGCGAGCGAGGCGCAGGGUGACUGAGGUGUGUGCGUUCGUGCAGCGGCGCACGCACUCGACUGCCACUUAGCUUUCUCACGAGGAAGUCGAUGUUCGAACACGUAAAGUUCCGACACCGUGGAAAAGGAACGGCCGGAGUCGCGGUUUCGAAAGGAAAGCCGACGUCCUCUAAGGCGUGGCUGCUGAAACCGUAUGCGCUGAGUCGCGUCUGAAGGCUGUACAGUCACGGACAAAAGUCGUGUCGUGAAUGAAGCUUCGAAGCCCACCUAGCCUAACCAACAAGGGUCACAUCACGGGUGUUCGAGACGGAAUUCGAAACAUACUUGACAGGAGUUCUGGCCGUGACUGUGCCAAAUGAUUCACAAAAUCGUUACUGAAACGUAAACAUUAUUGAUGGGUUUCUGUGUAAGUAAUUACCUUCCUGCUCUUUCAGAUGGACUAGGAGCUUGCCAGGCAGAUUGCUAUAGGCCACCACUCAUUUCCGUAGCGAUACCGAUUAAACCUCGGGAUGAAUUAAGGAAUUCCAAUCGUAACCAAAUAAAAAUACAGAUAUUGAUUAUAGCCCUGUGUAAUGGCCUGCAAAUUAUGUUGUUUCCCAAAUCUGAUUUUCUAUACAAACCAAAGCAUAUCGGCUGUAUGAGGUCACAAUUUCCAUUCAGCAACAAGCACCACAAGAUGCUGUCAACCAGAGUGAUUCUAGUAACAGCUGGGCAAUCUACUGCUUCAACGGCACACACACACUCCAACACACACACACACACAC